AAGACCUGAACCCAGCCCGGCCAACCCAAGAGCCCUAUAGCCCAAAUGGCCGCUCUCCUGAACCCUACGGCUCGGCGCCUCACCCUCGCUGCCUGCCGCCGUCUCUCUACGCCGCCGGCGGUGGAGCCCUUCGUGGCUCACUGGAGCACCCAAGCAAGAUACAAUUCCAGUCUGGUGGAGGUUAAUGGCGGAUUUGGGGAGAUGGUUGCCGACACAAAGAGGUACUACGUGCUUGGAGGCAAAGGUGGUGUUGGGACAACAAGCAUGGCAGCAUCACUUGCUAUGAAGUUUGCCAACCAUGGUGAACCGACGCUCAUAGUUUCUAUGCACCCAGCACAUUCACUGGGUGAUACAUUUGAACAAGACCUGAGUGGCGGUAAUAUUGUACCUGUCAAUGGAGUCGACUCUCUUUUUGCUGCCGAGAUUGGCCAUGUUAAUACAAAGGAGGAAUCUUCUAAUAGUGGAUCUUUUAUGCGUAAUAUACUGGACAAGAUAGGGCUUGGAGUCCUUGCUGAUCCGCUGGGAAAGAAUAAGCUGCAUGAAAUGCUGAUGAAAACUCCUGGAUUUGGAGAAGCCGUUGCAAUUUCGAAGCUGAUGCAAAUCGUCGAACUGCAAGAGAGCAAUAAAUUUAGGCGCAUAGUUUUGGAUACCGCGGCAACUGGGCAUACACUAAACCUUUUAUCCGCUACAACUUUAAUGGAGAAGCUCCUUGGUAUGGCCAAUAAGGCUGUGAAUUUAGCGUCGUCCUUCCCAGCUCUUAAAUCAGCUUUCGGGAAAGACCAAAUAGAUCCUGCCAGGAUAGAGGUGCUAAGAAAGCAGAUUGCCAGAGUACAUGAGCUUAUGCAAGAUCCACAAUCAACUGAAUUUAUCAUUGUGACGAUUCCUACGGUGAUGGCUAUUACCGAGUCAUCAAGGUUUCAUGCAUCUUUGAAGAAGGAUGGUGCGCCAGCAACAAGGCUUGUCGUAAAUCAAGUAUUGCCCCCCUCUACAUCUGAGUGCAGAUUUUGUUCUACAAAACGCAAGGAAGAAGCACGUGCCCUGAAUAUGAUAAGCAAUGACCGUGAGCUCGGCGGCCUAGAGCUAAUCCAAGCGCCGCUUCUUGAUGUGGAGGUCAGAGGCGCCCCCGCUCUCAGAUUCUUCGGUGAUGUGGUCUGGAAAUAGACGCUAGGAUGCCAAGCCGUGACGAGAAUUUUGUUAUUUCAUCGGAAACUCCACAGUACUGGUGGCGGCAUUCAAAUUGUCUGGAAAUGUGGUUGAAUCUGGAGAAAAGAUGAAACCCAGCAGGAUACCAGACUGUUCAGGCUGUAGACGUUUGGUAGGUUCUUAAAUAAGAAACGGAGUAUUAGUUGCUGUCCUCACGUGUUUAACUCUUAUUAAUUGGACUUUCCUAUACUUGUCAUGAAACAGAGCAUUUCUAGACGAAGCAAAUUUCAGUGGGUAGAGAGGUCUCUUCCAGGUACAGCGCGUGCUACUGCAGGCACGUUUUCCGUUUCUUUUCCUCGUUUGAUGUGGCUGUGGCAUGGCGAUUAUCUAAUUUAAAUAGUGAUUAAAGAGCCUGACAGGUACCCAUCUGAAGGCUAUAUUUGCACAACAGCUAACCAGAUGUUUAGAUUAGAUAUAAACCACUCGUAUCGUUGUUCAUAUAAAAAUAUUUAAAGAUGCUUGACGGGAUCAAAGAGGUUAAAGGAAAGGCAGCUGUGCGCACUUCACCUUCCUCUGAAGCCCGUGUACAUCUCUGUGAAAAGACUGUCCUUUUUUUUUUCCUUGUCUUAUUAGUUCCUUUCCGCUAGGCAUGCUAUAUUUUCAAGUUUUGUUUUGGCAAUCCUGCCUUUCUUUUUUCUUCUGCUUUUCAGUCACCUACUGGUGUGCCUUCUGUAAAGCCUUUUCGUUCUGGCGUUUUUUUUGUAUUCUUUGCGCAAAGCAUUCGAAAAUAAAAUUAUAGUAUCCUUCA